UCUGACGUCAUCUUCAGUCAUCUUGCUAAAAAGUCGAUGUGCAAAAUUCUGAAAACUAACAAAAAUCCUACAGGAACACCUGUAUAAAAAGUUAAUAAUAUAACGAUUAAAUACGGCAUAGCACUAUGGCGGAUCCAAAAUAUGAAAAUCUUCCUGGCAUUGCCUACGACCAGCCCGAUGUAUAUGAAACCGGGGAUCUGCCGGAGGCCGAUCAGCCCGAAACUGCCGAAGAGGAGGAAAACGAGUGCAUCGAACAGUUGCACUUGUCCGUGAAGGACUCUUUUAACAAAUUUAAAGGAAAGUUCUUAACGGGCACCGUCGACUUCUCCGAUAGAUUAAGCAGGAAGACCAGAAUAGGAUACAGAUCCGGAGAAUGGGAACUAGCAGCUGAAGGUGAGCCAGAAAGUACCCUGGAACGCUACAACCGACUGAGGUGUGAGUUCUCGGAGUUGCUGGAACAAGUGACAGAACAACAGAACAAAGCUACUGAGAGUGAGAAGGAUGAACAUUCCAAAUUAGCAGCGCAGAUCAACACAACAAAGAAACUCCUUGAAGAACUAAAGCUAGAAGAGGGAGAACAUAUUGAUCCAAAGGCAGAAAAAUUAAAAGAAUAUCUGACUACCAAUAGCAAGAAGAAGCAGGGAGAAAUUGUGACCACACACCUCAAACUGAAGCCCGAAGUGAACCUCGCCCAGACCGCCAGGAUAGCCCAGUUGGAGCACAGAUUACACAAGUUGGAGCAGGCAGCCGGUGUGAGGGAUGAGGAGGCAUUCCAAAGACUGCAAGCUGCUACGGGCGAGGCAACCCUGUGCGCUGCGGCGGCGUCGCUGUCGUCGCAGGCGGCGCUGCUGCGGCCCGCGGAGCUGGUGGCGGCGGAGGCGCGCGUCGCGGCGCUGCUCGCCAACGUCGACGCGCUCAAGGCCGCCGUCAAGCCCGCCGAGCCCGACGUCGAGGCUAAGGUGAAUGAGCUACAUAAGCUAUUGAAACAAGUCGACGGCAUCUCGCACGGCGAGAUCUUAGAGAGGAUGGAAGCUCUCGAGGCGUUACAUAAUCAGGCGAGCAAUUUUGGGCAGUCCCUCACCGAGCUGGAGACACUGCAGAGCACCAUCGCCGGCGGCGUGCAGAAUAAUAAGGAGCUGCUGCAGGGCAUACAAGAGGUCUUCGCUCACAACAUCGACAGCUUGCAGAAAGAAAUUAAAAAGUUAGACGAGAGAAUCGGCAAACUCGCCGCGGCAUGAUAGCACCGCCGACAGGAGACCUGGGUUGCUAAAUUUAGAGUAUACUUUUUCUAAAUAGAGAAAAAUAUAAAAACGCUUAUAAAUUGUUAUUUAUGAAAUAUUUUAAUCGUUUGUUCUAUGGAUCAAUUGUUUAAUAUUGAUUACAUAAACAAUGUAACCACUCUUAAUUUUUGUAGCAUUUUUCAAAUAGCUGAAUGCAAUACAUAUUAUUAUGUUUGUAAAAUCUGAAGUAAUUUUCACUAUUGCAUAUUUACCAGAUUUUAAAUAACCCAAUACAGUUAUGCAGAAAAUGCUUGGGACUGUAAUCUCUCACUGUGUUGCUUAAUUUUCUUCUUAAUUGUAUUUUUUAUCU